AUGUCAACCUGUAACUGGAUUGAAGAUGACGAAGAAUUACGACUCACUGAUGCAAAUAAUAAAAAUGAGAAUUAUUGCCAUCGUCGUGCAGUGAGCAGUGGUGAACCAUCGUUAGAUGGUUCUGUUGACGAAGAACGUGCUGCAUUAAGUGAUUCUGAUCUAGCUGGUGUUGCAAGAAUACAUACUUUGGCAGCAAAAGCAAGAGGUCCAUCAAGUGAUGCCCUUGAAACAGAAUGUCGUACAGAGCAAUCUCUUUCUGUUCCUAAUGGUAUCCAUUGCUGUACAUCCACAGAAGAAUGGAACGAUAUUUUGGGUAGUGGACAGUUAUUUUGUAAGGUGUUGAAAGCUGGUAAAGGACCAAAAGCUCGGAAUGGUCAGAAGGUGACAGUUCGAGUUGUAGAUACAGGAUUUGGAAUAGAUAAUGUUAGCGAGAAAACAUUUAUUCUUGGUUUUAGUAUGGUUAUCGAUGCAUGGGAAAUGGUUUUGCAAUUGAUGCAUGAAGGUGAAAUUGAUGCCAUAAGAAGUGAGCAUCGUUUUGCAUAUGGUAGUGUAGGUGAUCCGGAACGUAAUAUUCCACCGUAUCAAACAAUGGAAUAUGAAAUUGAAUUGAUUUGCAUUACUGAUGGACCACUUUAUACAACAUUGAAGACAACUGAAUUAGUCAAACAUAUUACGGAAUUGAAAGAAAGAGGCAAUUAUUUCUACAAUAGAAAAGAAUUGGAGAAAGCAAUAUAUGUUUAUAAGAGAAGUACCGAAUUGAUUGAUACACCUACAGAAGAUGAAACACUACGUAAUUUAUUAUCUGUGAUUUACUCCAAUUUAUCUGUCUGUUAUGCAAAGCUUUGCGAUUGGAAGCUAACUUUGGACGCUUCUAGUAAUGCACUGAAUUUGAAUGCUAACAACACAAAAGCACUAUUCAGGCGAGCAAAUGCUUAUGCAAAUUUGAAUUUUAUCGAAGAAGCAAUUGAUACUUUGAAUAUCGCGCAUCAGAUUGAUCCCAAUGAUGAGCUUAUUCUUAAAGAACUACGCCGUUUGAAAGCACGUUUGAAGCUAUGCCGUGAGCAGGAACGUUCACUGUAUAAACGAAUGUUAGUUGGAGCACAGGGUAAUAAUGAAAAUCGAACUUAUUUCAUCCGUCGAUUAAGGUAUUCAUUACUUGCAUUCUUUGUUGUUGUAUUUGCCUUAUUCAUUCAUUUCCUUCGUAUUGUUAUGGAUUGGUAA